AUGUGGGUGAGGCGGAAAAUUCGGUGCACGAUUUCUGAAAUUGAUGACGAAGGUGAAGCGGAUCUCGAGAGCCAUGAUCUUCACUACAUUCCGCUCACAGAUAUCGAUAUCCCUCACGCGUACUAUGUAUUCAUGGAAGUUAUCACUGCAAAUGGAUUGCUUCUUCUGUACUGCUCAUUUUAUAACAACUAUUCAGAUGAUCAAGUUACUCCUCUUUAUAUAUGCAGUCUGAUGACUCGUGAAUAUAUUAUGAUCGGCUUCCCUGCGGAGGUCAGGCCGCUUGAGGCGCCGAGUUUUGGAUUGGGUGUGAGCAAAAUAAGUGAGCAAUAUAAGGUGGUCUGUGUUAGUGAGGUCAUUGGGCCCCGCAAUUGCUAUCAUGCAUACACCCUCGGAACAGGAACGUGGAAGCGCCUUGAAGCUGGCCCGGUUUCUGGUUUUAGAUUCUAUAAUGGUGAACUCAUUCUAUAUAAUGGCAAAUUACACUGGAAGCUAUAUGAUUCAACUCAAACCUUUUGUCUUACGAUUUGUGGUUUUGAUGUUGAAAUGGAAUGUUUUAGCAUCUUCUCUCUUCCUCCCGAGGGAGAUGGUGAUCCUAUUGGGGAUUUGGCUGUUUUGAGUGACUGCCUGUGCUAUACAUAUAUGUGGGGUGGUGAACUUGUCAUCUGGACGAUGAAGUACUAG